AUGCCAUCAUCAAGCAUUGCUGGCCCCGACGAUGGCUACAACCGGUCCCAAUUUGUUCAGUCAAUGUACGCCGGAAGUUACACGUCAUUCCCAACAGACCUGGGUUACGGACGAAGGUAUCGUCCAAAACCGCAACCGCCCGCAAAACCUGCCAAACUGAGAAAUCUCUGCACAAGAAGUGCCCACAAGUCUUUCCCACCUCUGGUGCCUCCGAAACCUGUGCUUUUUAAAGAUCCCGUCGAACUUCUGCUGCAAAAAUCCCCGGGCAGCAUUCGUGAAGUAUCAAAAGCUGAUGAAAAAGAUCCAGAAAAAUCUUCUGCCACAAUCUGCGAUGUUUUGCUGCCAUCCGUACAGUUGAAGGUACCUCCUUCAGCACCUGAACCAAUCGUAGCGCUGCCAUACAACGAAGGGGCCAAGGCUGAAUCACAUUCACCAAAGCUCCCUGCUCAAGGUGCAGACAGCACUGCUUUCUCGACCAGUAGACGAAGAAGUCUGGUAAAUGAAGAAAUCAAAAAACCGAAGAUAAAACCACCACCGCCACCCGUACAAGCAGUUCCCGCAUCAUCUUCUUCCUUCCAAGCUAUUAAACGAGAAACUCCCGAAAAGCUGAAUACUGAUCGGGAAAGCGAAAAAAGAGCUACUGUAGAUGAAACGGUUAACGGACCACCACCGAAACCUCAUCGUUUCGAGAGAAAAAACAUCAGUGGAGAGCUGAUACCCAAUGGACAAAAUGAUUGUACUGUGAGCGAAGUCGAAGAGGAGAAAGUCAAUUUGCAUAAUAAUAAUAGGAAUAAUAUCGACAACGCUGCCACAACAAACGCUGCGCAGUCUUCCAGUGCAGGGCGACAUUUCAUCAAGAACAGAAAGGGACAAGUAUCUGGUUCAAAUCGAAAAGCAGUGGUUGCUAAAAGACCAAAAAGUGCAUUAGAAUUUGAUAGAUUAUUACGGAUCAAAUCGGAUAUUCAACUUAACAUCACGAAAAAGGUUGGACAAAUAAAGCUCAAAGUAAGCUCAGCAUCUUCGCAGCAUGAGAAGGAGCAGAGUCGUACACGUCGCUCUUCGAUGUUUUAUGUCAAUCCUGAAACGCUGAAAAAUGACGUCGACGAUGAUGUGCUAGCAAAGAUUAAAUUUCCUCUAGAUGAGCAGUGCAUUUACGGUGAUGAUUGGUCUUCAGACGAAGAGGGCAGUAGCGGCUGUGAAAAUGGUGAAGGUCAGGCUGAUGAAAUGGCCGCAGCUGGAAGUCAAAAAUCUCCAGACUUAUCGUAUUCAAUGUUAUCUGAAAUUGAACGGGAGCUUCGCUUAAGAUUCCAAACGGACAACAACCUUCCAGAUGUCGUGCUGGAAUCAAAAAGGCGAUCACUGAGUGCCGAUCCACUACCGCAAUUGGCACCGACCACCUCGAAUUGCAUGGGAGCAGCUGGGACGCCGAGCAGCACUCCCGCAAAAGUCUCGGGUCAACCUUAUGAGGAUAGCAAUUAUGGGGCUUAUGGACAGGCCAACAAUAUAAAAUUGAGGCCAACAAUCGGUGGUUAUGAAACUGUGGUAUGA